GUUUAUAACUUCAGGAACACGUCGCUGCUGUUUGUGGUACAAAUACUUCAAAUACUGCAGUAAACAGAAGUACUCGGGGAGUGACUGAACAGGAGCAGGAUGGCCUCCUCAGAUGUUCAUUACUUCAUCCUGAAGGAGAAACUAAAGUACGGCUACACUCAUAAACCAGGGCAGAUCUGCUUCACCAACACCUUCAAAUUCCGGAAACAGGGCGAUACUUUGGACGUGGUGUUCACAGACACGAUCAGUGGAAUGGACUAUCCAGUGGAGAGGGAGAGUCUGGAGGCCAUUAGCCGGGAUGAGGCACAGCUCCUUAUGCCUCUACCUGAAAAUGAACGGCUGAAGGCACUGUCCCAAGGUCUGCGCUCGACUCGCCGGCUCCGACAGGGCACUGAGGUCACGGUCGAACAUGGAUCUGAACGCCUGAAAGGUUCCAUACGUUACAUCGGAAACAUCACAAAGCCAAAGACCAAGUGGGACCUCCCGGGUGUGUUCUAUGGGAUAGAACUACAGGGCUCAGACCGAGGCAAAGGCAACUCUGACGGCUCUCGAUUCUUCUCCUGCGAUAAAAACUGUGGUGUGUUCGUUCCCUUCAACAGGAUCACAGCCAUAGAACCAAAGACCAGCCUCAAACAAGAGCCAGAACCAGAACCAGAGUUAGACCCAGACCCAAAACCGGGCAGUCCAGAUCUGAGACUGAGACAGUCCCUGUGGUCUGGGCCGGACCUUCACCCAGACCAAGGCCAGCCCAUGUCCUUUCUUUCAAGCCAUUUUGUUCAACCCCUCCCUCACAGAGAGUCCAGACCAGAGUCCAGACCUGAGUCCAAAUCCAAAAUGAAAUCAGAGUCUUUGGAACUGGAUCGCGGGAAGUCCACGGCAGAAGCUGGCAAAACCAGUCUGACCAAUCACAAGUCUCCUCCUGAACCCAAGACCAAGGCUGGAACCAGCACUGGACCCAAAUCUGAACCAGUGCGACCCAGAGCAGGAGACCGGGUUCUGUUUGAGCUGGAAAAGAACAAGACUGCAGAGGGUUUCGUGGUGUUGAGCCGUGAGAAGACGAUGGUGCACGUCGAGGGCGGUUCCGGGACGGUGCUUGCGAUUCCUCUGGAGCGUGUCCUGAUGGUGGUGCCUGGAGCCGAUUCAGAGGAACAAAACCCAGGGUCUGAAGAGUCUAAGACCGACCCAUCCAGGCCAGCGUCUGAGGUUCUGCUCCAUGUGAAGUCCCAGUCUGGUCCUGUCCAGUCCAGGUUGGAACAUCUCAGCGGGUCUCCAGGACACGGACCAGAACCUCGGUCCCAGUCUGAGCCCAAGACUAGAUCCAGGACUGGACCUGAGUCCAGACCUGAGUCUAGACCUGAGUCCAGACCUGAGUCCAGACCUGAGUCCAGACCUGGCUCAUCACUCAGAGCAGGAGACCGGGUUAUUUUCUUCGAUGAGAUGGAGCGGCGUGUAGAGGGCGCCGUGGUCUUCAUAGAGACAGACCAAGAUGGGACUAUGGUUCACAUCUCGAGCGACACAGGGACCUCCAUUGUUCCUCUUCAGGGCGUGGCCAAACUGGAACCUGAGCGAGAUCCAGACACAGAGGACCUGUACAGGUCAGAGCCUCAGGAGAACUCUACAGCGCCCCCUGGAGACGCUCUCGGGCUGGAUUCUCUGGUGGAGAUCAGUCUUAGAAAUGGGAGCAGCUUCGGGACCAUUCGGUGGAUCGGGAAUCUACCUGGAUUCCAGCACACGAUGGCCGGACUGGAGCUGGAGGACCCCAUGGGAACAAGUGAUGGGACAUUCAAAGGGCUCAGGUAUUUCAAGUGUCCCGACAAACAUGCCAUGUUUGUGAAGCUCGCCUCCUGCCGCCCGGACUCACGCUUCAGCAUAGCCAAUCAGAGCGCUCGGAAUGGCAGAGACUCAGCCAAUCAGAGCGCUCGGAACGGCAGAGACUCAGCCAAUCAGAGCGCUCGGAACGGCAGGGACUCGGCCAUUUACAGCAGUCCUCUGAAGAAAGCUCGAGUGAACGACAGCGACCUCAGUGUAGACGAUGCAGGGCCGGUUCCUCCUCUGGGGGUGGAGGAGGUGGAGCACCUCCUGGUGGGGAAGAUGAAGGGCAUCCAGGGUCACCAUAACUCCUGCUACAUGGACAGUGCACUCUUCAGUUUGUUCAGUUGUUCGUCGGUUCUGGAUUCUCUUUUGUUUAAAUCGACUUCACCUCAAGACGCUGAAGUUCAGAAGAUUCUACUGCAUGACAUCAUCAACCCGCUGCGACGAGAGGGUUUUGUGGAGGGACGCCACGUGAUGAAACUGAGGAGGCAGCUUCAGAAACACGGCUUCAGUCAAACCUUCACCACCGACGAAAAAGACCCAGAGGAGUUCCUGACCGCCCUCAUGCACCACAUCCUGGCACUGGACCCACUGCUGAAACUGUGUUCCGGGGGAAAAGUCCAGGACUCAUUCUGUUAUCAGAUCUUUUUGGACCAGAACCACGGCCUGGUCCUGCCCACGGUCCAACAGCUCCUGGAACACUCGCUCCACAGCAACGGACUGAAACUGAACCAGGUUCCUUCGUGUCUGAUUUUACAAAUGCCGCGUUUCGGAAAAAAGUUCAAAAUGUUUGAAAAAAUCAUCCCGUCCCUGGAGCUGGACGUCACAGGCCUCGUCCAGCAGGGUCUUAAACAGUGUGUGCUCUGUGGGGGCGGGGCCACGUACGAGUGCUCCGAGUGUUUCCUCGACUCGACGUUCGGCUCUGAGGGAUUCAAGUUCUUCUGUGACGUGUGCAGCCGACAGGUCCACGCCCAUCCCCGUCGCUGUGGCCACCGCCCUAUUUCCCUAGCACCGCCCCCUGGCCGGUGUCUCCAUGGUAACAGAGAGCGGCUCCACCUGCUGGCCGUCCUCUGCAUCGAGACGAGUCACUACGUUUCCUUCGUCAAGUACGGACCUGAAAGAGAACAAUGGCUGUUCUACGACAGCAUGGCCGACCGCCAAGGGGGGGACGACGGGUUCAAUGUUCCUCAGGUGACUCUGGCUCCGGAGCUCGGCCAAUACCUGGACAUGUCUCUGUCUGAACUGGCCAAUCAGGCGCCUCGAGACAUGAAGGGCGUGGCCAAGAGGCUGCUGUGCGACGCCUACCUUUACCUGUACCAAAGCCCCGCCCUCCAGCUGUACCUCUAAUCUCCUGAGACCAAAGCCCCGCCCUCCAGCUGUACCUCUAACCUCCUGAGACCAAAGCCCCGCCCUCCAGCUGUACCUCUAACCUCCUGAGACCCGGCGUCCUCAUAUGUGGACACACGUUUUUGGCUCGUCUGGGCCACAGUGCAAAUUAUGUUUGCAUGUUUAGAGUAUUUUAUUUAAUUUUUUUUUUCUUUUCCUUCCUGCUCCUGUCUCUUCACAUGAGACACUUUGUUCCAAGAGACACAAUUGUUGUUUCUCAUUUUGCUUUUACUCAGGACAAAUGUUUCUGUUUCAGGGUCUUAAUAGUUUUUGUAAAUCAUUAUUUAAAUGUUUUAUCAAAAUGAGUAAAAUUUCACAUAUGACGACGUUUGAUUUACUUUUUUUUCUUUUUUCUCAGAAACGACAUAAUGUGAAAAGAUAAUUCUUUGUAUUUAGACUCAUCAGGUGCAAAAAACAAAGAGAAAUGAAUAAAACCACGACAGAGCUCGGGUCUGAGGAUAAACCUCCACACAAGACCUGGUUUAGUCCUGGUUUAGUCCUGGUUCAGUCCUGGUUCAGUCCUGGUUCAG